AGCAUAAAACAGUGCCUGGCAUACAGCAAGUGCUCAACAAAGAAUUUUUGGAUGAAUAAAUGAGCCAAUCACAUGCAACAGUACUUCUUGAAAGUGGCAUUGAAUGUGGGUGUCCAGGACAUUGUGUGACUCAGGAAACAGCUCAGACAUUAGGCUUGCAGCAGGCUGAAGAGGACAAGGAAAGGGCAGUGUGAGCCAAGGAGGUGGCCCUGCCACAGUGAGGGCUCUGAAAGUCCCUGCCUGAAAAGGGAGAGGAGAUCUGGGCUUGGGGAUGCUCUGGAAUGCAGCCCCCUUCCCUGCUGCUGCUUCUGCUGCUGCCGCCACCACCGUGUUUCCUAGUUGUCAUGGCCAGAGGGCUGCUGUGCGGAAGUUUUCCAGAACCCUGUGCCAAUGGAGGCACCUGCCUGACCCUGCCUCAGGGGCAAGAGACCUGCCUGUGUGCCCCUGGCUUCCUGGGCAAGACAUGCAAGUUUCCUGACCCCUGCCAAGAUGCUCAGCUCUGCCAGAAUGGGGGCAGCUGCCAAACCCUGCUUCCCACCUCACCAGGCUCCUCUAGCUCCCCCUCUCCAUUGCCCCCCAGCUUCUUCUGCAACUGCCCCACUGGCUUCACUGGUAAAAGGUGCCAGGUCCGCCUCCAAGACCCCUGUCUUCCCUCCUUCUGUUCCAAAAGGGGCCGCUGCCACAUCCAGGCUUCAGGCCACCCACAGUGCACCUGCAUGCCUGGAUGGACAGGUGAGCAGUGCCAGCUUCGGGACUUCUGCUCAGCCAACCCCUGCAUCAAUGGAGGCGUAUGUCUGGCCACAUACCCCCAGAUCCAGUGCCGCUGCCCACCUGGCUUUGAGGGUCAUGCCUGCCAACAUGAUGUCAAUGAGUGCUUCCAGGACCCUGGACUCUGCCCUAAAGGCACCUCCUGCCAUAAUACCCUGGGCUCCUACCAAUGUCUCUGCCCUGCAGGGCGGGAAGGUCCACACUGUGAGCUCCGAACAGGACCCUGCCCCCUGGCAGGCUGUUCAAAUGGGGGCACCUGCCAGCUGGUGCCAGGGGGAGACACCACCUUUCACUUCUGCCUCUGCCCGCCAGGCUUCACAGGCCUAGACUGCGAGGUGAAUCCAGAUGACUGUAUUGAGCACCACUGUCAGAAUGGGGGCAUUUGCCAGGACGGACUGGGCACCUACACCUGCCUCUGCCCAGAGACUUGGACAGGCUGGGAUUGCUCUGAAGAUGUGGAUGAAUGUGAGGUUCACGGUCCCCCUCACUGCAAAAAUGGGGGUACCUGCCAGAACUUGCCUGGCAGCUUUCAUUGUGUAUGUGUGAGUGGCUGGGGAGGCACAGGCUGUGAAGAGAACCUGGAUGACUGUGUUGCUGCUACCUGUGCUCCUGGAUCCACCUGCAUUGACCACGUGGGCUUCUUUUCCUGCCUCUGCCCACCUGGGCGCACAGGCCUCCUAUGCCACCUGGAAGAUAUGUGUCUGAGCCAGCCAUGCCAUGGGGAAGCCCAGUGCAGCACCAACCCCCUGACGGGCUCCACACUCUGCCUGUGCCAACCUGGCUACUCAGGGCCCACCUGCCACCAAGACCUGGAUGAGUGUCAGAUGGCCCAGCAAGGUCCCAGUCCCUGUGAACAUGGUGGUUCCUGCCUCAACACCCCUGGCUCCUUCAACUGCCUCUGUCCACCUGGCUACACAGGCUCCCGCUGUGAGGCUGAUCAUAAUGAGUGCCUGUCCCAGCCCUGCCACCCAGGCAGCACCUGCCUGGACCUCCUUGCCACCUUCCACUGCCUCUGCCCACCAGGUUUAGAAGGGCUACUCUGUGAGGUGGAGACCAAUGAGUGUGCCUCAGCUCCUUGCCUGAACCAAGCUGACUGUCACGACCUGCGCAAUGGCUUCCUGUGUGUCUGCCAGCCUGGAUUCACUGGCACCCAGUGUGAGGAAGACAUCGAUGAAUGCAGAAGCUCUCCCUGUGCCAAUGGUGGUCAGUGCCAGGACCAGCCUGGAGCCUUCCAUUGCAAGUGUCUCCCAGGCUUUGAAGGGCCACAGUGUGAGACAGAGGUGGACGAGUGUCUGAGUAGCCCAUGCCCCAGUGGAGCCAGCUGCCUUGAUCUCCCAGGAGCCUUCUUUUGCCUGUGCCCCUCUGGCUUCACAGGCCAGCUCUGUGAGGUUCCUGUGUGUGCCCCCAACCUGUUCCAGCCUGAAAAAAAAUGCCAGGAUCAGGAAAACAAGAUCCACUGCCUCUGCCCCAGUGGAAGCCUUGGCUGUGCCCCUGCUGAGGACAACUGCACCUGCCACCAUGGGCAUUGCCAGAGGUAACAUCUUCCAGGCCCUCCAUUUGCCCCUUUUCUGGUCCUCCUUAGCUAUGGUAGGAGAAAAAGCAAGUGAGGAACAUGUCUGUGGGAAAUGACCAACGGCGACUAUGAAGGAGAUGACCAAGUUCUUAGGGCAA